GACUGGGUCGGAUUAGGUUGCGUUUUUCUCAAGUGGGUCGCGGCAGGUGGCACCGUAUACAACGGAUGUGGUGCUAAUUAUUCGCGUCCCGCUCACAUAAAGAGCAGGCAUAUGUGAGCCGGCAUGGUGGAUCCUUGGAACAAAAAAUAACAAAAUAAAUACCAAAGAAAACCUCCGUAGACCCAGAGACCACCGUCGAGGUUUUCAUACGGUCGCACAUGACAAGUCAUGUAUUUUUCACACAAAAAUCCACAAACUCCAUCCACAUGUGAUCCCUUGUUACUACCACCCCACUAACACUUGUUGCUAAUACAACUGAGAGUUCUAUUUCUUUUUACUCUUAUUGUCUAAAACUUUGAUUAUCUAAGUAAUUUAGACAAAAAAUAAUUCAAUUAAAAAAUUAUAUAUCAUGUUGGAACAUAAUAUUUUUAUAUAAAAAAUGUGUUCAUUGAGUUCAUAUGAAAACUUAAUAAUUUUAUAAAUAUGUUAAAAUUCAAACUCCAAUAUACAGCUCAUAGGCACAGAUAAUAAGUAGCUAUGCCACCUCGUAACAAGAGCUGACCUAGAUAGCCGAUGUGUUUAGAAUUAAUGCAAUAAAUAAAAUAUGUUUUGCAAAUUUUUAAAUCAACUAUUUGGCACAGCAUUGUAAACUAUAGACAUAGAUGAACUCAAUAGAAAAACAAAUAAUCUAUCAACAUAUAAUUUCUCACCAAACAAAAUCAAUUUAAUGGUAGCAUAACAAAACGUUGAUUUUCGAGAGAGGAAAUAGAAUCAAGUCGUUUUGCUUCAAAGUAUUCGGCCCAUGGGCUCCAAAUAGCGUCGGGCCCGAACUUUGUUCCUCGUAACAGGUUCAGAAGACCUCAGAGAGAUCUCACAAAACAAAAAAAAGAAGAAGAAGAAGAAGAAGAAGACCUCAGAGAGAGCAUUUGUCUCGUUGGGGAAUAUUCCACUUUCCCUGCUGCUUCUUUUUUUUGAGGACAUCCCCUGCUAGGUUCCCCUCCGGCGAACCGCGAUGAGGUCUCCGGCCGCCGCUGCCGCUGGCUCCGGCGCAGAUUUUCCCGACGCUCUGCCCUCCCCGACCUCCCCUGCGUCGGCAUCAUCCCAUCCCAGCCCCGGCCCCGGGCGCCACUACUACCUCGCCGUCGACCGCAUCCAGUUCAAGAUGAGGACACUCUUGGAGCUCCUGGGGGUUGUUGCUGAUCGCCGUGGCGGGCUGCCGAUUGCGAUAUGUGUUUCCUCCCGGGAUGAGCUCGAUGCUGUCUGUGCUGCGGUCGCCAACCUCCCCUUUGUGUCAAUGUCACCGCUGUAUAGUGAUCAGGCUGAAGCAGAGCGUGCAUCGAUUCUUGAGAAGUUUCGUCAAGAAACAAUUCAGUGGAAUCAGACUACUAAAGCUACUGAUAUUACUGAAAGUUCUAAGCCUGAAAGUAUUGGCACAAAACUAAGCAUUAUAGUUGCGACAGAUGCUUGCUUGCCACUAGCAACGAUGGCAGAGGCACCCCUUAUGGCUCGUGUGCUGAUGAACUAUGAGCUUCCCACAAAGAAGGAAGCUUACUUAAGACGCAUGUCAACAUGCUUGGCAGCAGAUGGAAUUGUAAUUAACAUGGUUGUUGGUGGUGAGGUGGCUACACUCAAGGCUUUAGAAGAAACCAGUGGUCUGCUCAUUGCUGAGAUGCCAAUACAUGUUUCAGAGAUAUUAUGACAGUCUCAACUCUAUAACUUUUCAGAUGUUACUAUUUUAUUUCCACACUAACUACUUGGGGUUUUACUUCUGUUAAUUAGAUUUUUUUUUUAAUUCAUUUUCAUGAUACAGCUUGUUCCUAAGAUUAGAUCCCUGAGGAAUUAGAAUAAUCUUUACUGCUUCUUUUUUUUCCUGAGAAAUGAAAGAAUUGUAGUCGUGGUUGAACAUCCAGUGACAUGAUUAGUUUACUCCGCGCAUCAUUUCUAUGUUGAUGCAUACAA